AUGCUUCAACAGGUCUAUUCAUUCAGACUGAAGAUUCAUCAGGAUGACCUUCCAGGCUCCACCCACACUCCUGAGCUUGGCAGUACAGAGCCUGGUGAAGAAUGAAGCCUUGGCCAUCAAUGCUCUGCAGGAGCUGCCCAGGGAGUUGUUCCCACCACUCUUCAAGGCAGCCUUCACUGGCAGACACACGAAGAUACUGAAGGCAAUGGUGGGAGCCUGGCCUUUACCUUGCCUCCCUGUGGGGGCACUGAUGAACGUCCCUGACAUUACAAUAUUGCAAGCUGUGCUGGAUGGUGUAGACAUGCAACUGACAGGAAAUUUUCACCCAAGAAGACGGAAGCUUCAAGUGCUGGACCUGAGAAAUGUGCACCAUCACUUCUGGGAUGUUUUGGCUGGACCAGAGGAUGGAGACCGCUCAGCAGAGACUGUGUGUCAAAAGCACAAAGCAACACGCCCUCAUAGAUAUGCACUGAGGAGACGUUUGAAGGUNGUCACUGACCUUCGNCUUCAGUUUGAUCUAGAGGAACAUCAAACUUACUUCUUGCAGUGGGCACAGGAGAGAAGAGGUUCCCUGAACCUGUGCUGUGUGAAGAUGCAGAUUAGGGGAUUGUCUAUGUACACUGUCAGGAAGAUCUUGCAGAUUUUCCAACCAGAUUACAUUGAGGAGUUGGAAUUGAAUACAGACUGGACUCUGUCCACACUGGCAUGCUUUGCACCUUGCCUUGGUCAGAUGAAAAAUCUUCGUAAACUCGUGCUAACACUAGUCCAUGAGAAACUCUUCCCGUUUCUAUGUACAUCAACAGACAUAGGGGAGAAGAGAGUCACCAAGUUCAUUUCUCAGUUCUCCAAACUCAACUGUCUCCAGCAUCUCAAUCUGGCUGGACUCUACUUUCUCACUGGCCACAUGAAUGAAUUGCUUGGGUGUCUGAAGACCCCGCUGGAGUUCCUGUCCAUUGCUGUCUGCAAGUACUCACAGUCAGACUUGGAGUCCUUUGCCCAGUGUCAGAGUCUCCAUCAUCUCAAACAUCUGCAUUUGGCAGGUGUCAUUUUGCAUGAUCUGAGUCUUGUGCCACUUGGAAUUUUCCUAGAAAAUGUUGCAAACACUCUGACGACCUUGGAAUUAGAACAUUGCAGGAUGACAGACUCUCAGGUCAGCGCUUUUAUCCCUGCCCUGAAUAAGUGCUCUCAGCUCAUCNAGGUCAACUUCUGUGACAAUGACAUCUCCACNNCUGUCCUAACGAAACUUCUGCAUCACACAGCCAACCUAAGCCAGCUGAUCGUGGAGUUUUAUCCGGCCCCUCUGGAGUGCUAUGAGACCGGAUUUGUUGUUAGAGCAGAGAGAUUUGUCCAGCUUUCUUCUGAGCUCAUGAGCACACUUUGCACUGUUAGGCAGCCCCAGUCUGNCUCUUUUGCCUCUCAGUUAUGCCUUCGAUGUUCACAGCGCUGUNUAUAUGGUCUGGAGACAAGACUUUGCCAUUGUUGGCAGUAA